AUGUGGUUCCUGUGUAGAAACACUGUGAGUACUGCAAACAACACUGAACACCCCCCCACUGGAUUCACGACAGACAAACCUCAGACGAGCAGCAAACAUGUGACUGAAGCAACAGCCGAGAGAAAAGCUCCCAGACCAGAAGCUGAGGAAGAGGAUGAAGGACCGAUGGAGUUUGAGUGUCCUCCGCUGGGCCUGGAGUCCCUGAAGGUCAGAGACACUCAGCUGAGGGCGUCCUCCUUCAAACGCCGAGGCCUGGGCCCUCACCGCGGCCGCCUCAACAUCCAGUCGGGGGUGGAGGACGGAGACAUCUACGAUGGAGGCUGGUGCGCUCAGUACAGAGACCAGAACCAGUGGCUGGAGGUCGACGCUCGGAGGCCGACCCGCUUCACCGGCGUCAUCCUGCAGGGCCGCAGCUCCAUCUGGAGCUGGAACGUGGUGCACACCUACAAGGUCCAGUUCAGCAACGACUCUCUGGUCUGGAAACCGAGUAUGAACGGGACCGAAGAAGCUGUCUUCGAGGGGAACCAGGACUUGGAGACCCCCGUCCUCGCCCUGUUCAACACGUCCACUGUGGCCCGGUACAUCCGGAUCAACCCUCAGAGCUGGUACGAGAACGGGACGCAGGGCGACGUCUGCCUGCGAGCCGAGGUGCUGGGCUGCACGCUCCCAGAUCCAAAUAAUAUCUACGCCUGGCAGACGGAGCCGAGUGAGUCCAGAGACAAACUGGACUUCAGACACCACAACUACAAAGAGAUGAGGAAGCUGAUGAAGUCCGUGCACGAGUCGUGUCCGGACAUCACUCGAAUCUACAGCAUCGGAAAGAGCCACGGCGGCCUGAAGCUCUACGCCAUGGAGAUCUCCGACAAUCCUGGAAAACACGAACUGGGUGAACCCGAGUUCCGAUACGUUGCAGGGAUGCACGGGAACGAGGUUCUGGGCCGAGAGCUUCUUCUCAAUCUGAUGCAGCACAUGUGUGAAGAAUACAAACGUGGCGACCAGCGCAUCGUCCGCCUGGUCAAGGAGACUCGCAUCCACCUGCUGCCCUCCAUGAACCCUGAUGGCCACGAGACGGCUUUUAGAAAGGGCUCGGAGCUGGCCGGCUGGGCCACGGGACGCUACAGCUACGAAGGAAUAGACAUGAACAGUAAUUUUGCAGAUCUGAACUCAGAGAUGUGGAACGCCAUCGAGCUGGAGACGGACCGGUCCAAACUCAUCAACCACUACUUCCCCAUCCCCGAGGCGUACACCUCCGAGAAGGCCUUCGUGGCGUUCGAAACCAGAGCCGUGAUCGACUGGAUGCAGAACAUCCCGUUUGUCCUCAGUGCCAACCUCCACGGGGGGGAGCUGGUGGUCACCUACCCGUACGACAUGACCCGGGACUGGGCCCCCCGGGAGCACACCCCCACCCCCGAUGAGAGCUUCUUCCGCUGGUUGGCCACAGUGUACGCCAGCACCAACCAGGUGAUGUCCAACCCGGACCGCAGGCCGUGUCACAACAAGGACUUCAUCAGAUACAACAACAUCAUCAAUGGAGCCGACUGGCACAACGUACCAGCAAGUAUGAACGACUUCAGUUACCUCCACACCAACUGCUUCGAGGUGACGGUGGAGUUGUCCUGUGAUAAGUUCCCUCACGCCAGCGAGCUUCCCAUCGAGUGGGAGAACAACCGAGAGUCGCUGCUGGUUUACAUGGAGCAGGUUCACCGGGGAAUUAAAGGUGUCAUUCGGGACAAAGACACAGAGGCUGGAAUAGCAGACGCCGUCAUAAAGGUUGAUGACAUCGAUCAUCAUAUUAGAUCAGUUACCGAUGGUGACUACUGGCGGCUGCUGAAUCCCGGUGAGUACAAGGUGACGGCGAGUGCAGAGGGAUACCUCCGCUCCUCCAGGACCUGCCGGGUCAUGUACGACCACUUCCCGACCAUCUGCGACUUCCGCCUCACCAAGAUCCCCGAGCAGAGGCUGAAGCUGAUCGUAGGGAGGGGGGGGAAGCUCUCCACGGACCUGCAGCUCAAGCUCCGUCAGCUGCGUCUGCGUAAACUCCGGGUCACCACCAAGGCCAAGAACCAGCGGCGGGCGGCUGCAGCCAAACGGGCCAAGAGGGUGUGA